GAUUUGACCUUGGUAUUUACGACUCUGAAGGUGACUGUUGUUGUCAACUUACAUCUUAUAAAAAACAAAUCAAGGAGGAUCCCGAUGAAAAGUCGUACUUAUAUAAUAGAGCAUUUUUUGAAAUAGAAGAAUAUGAAAUACUUCAAGUUAUUAAAAGAUCUUAG